CUUCCUCUGCCUCACUCCCCACGCUCACUCCACUCUCCCAUUACCUGCAAACAAACCUGAAACAACAAAGAAGAACCAGCAGCCCUCUGCAAUGCUCUGUUUCUCCAAAAACCAGAGCAUGGACCGCCACCUCCUCACUCUAUCUCUCCUCCUUCUCUCCGUCUUAUCAUCUCACGCAGAUGCAGCUUCUGUAGGAGUGAACUACGGCAGAGUCGCCGACAAUCUUCCGUCGGCGUAUAGGGUGUCGCAGCUUCUUAAGUCCCAGGGCUUGGAGCGGGUCAAGGUCUUCGACUCCGACCCGGCCGUGCUCCGAGCUCUCGCCGGAUCCAACAUCAAGGUCACCGUCGACGUCCCUAACGAGCUCCUUUCCUCCGUCGCCAAAUCCCAGUCCUUCGCCACCAACUGGGUCCAGCGAAACGUCGUCGCUUACCACCCCAACACUGAAAUCGAAGCCAUUGCGGUCGGCAACGAGGUCUUCGUCGACACCCACAACACCACCAAGUUCCUCAUCCCCGCCAUGAAAAACAUCCACACAGCUCUCAUCCACUUCGACAUCCACUCCGCUAUCAAAGUCUCCUCCCCCAUUGCCCUGAGCGCCCUUCAAAACUCCUACCCUGCUUCCGCCGGGUCAUUCCGACCCGAACUUGUCGAAACCGUUUUCAAGCCCAUGCUCGAGUUCCUCCGUCAAACCGGGUCCUACCUCAUGGUCAACGCCUACCCUUAUUUCGCUUACGAGUCAAACGCCGACGUCAUCUCACUAGACUAUGCUCUCUUCCGUCAAAACCCUGGUGUAGUUGACGCCGGUAACGGUCUCCGUUACUUCAGCCUCUUCGACGCUCAGAUCGACGCCGUUUUUGCUGCCAUGUCGGCUUUAAAAUACGACGACAUUAGCAUGGUCGUAUCCGAAACCGGCUGGCCUUCCAAGGGUGAUGAGAACGAGGUUGGUGCUAGCUUGGAGAACGCAGCUGCGUACAACGGCAACCUCGUCCCCCCGCGCCGCGUCUAUCUCUUCGCUCUGUUUAACGAGGACAGGAAAAACGGUCCCACAUCGGAGAGAAAUUACGGCCUCUUCUUCCCCAACGAACGCAAAGUUUACGACAUACCGUUUACUGUUGAAGGGUUGAAGAACUACCACGACCACCGGUCGCCUGUCGCUGGAAACCAACACAUGACCGCACCGGUCAACGGUGGUGGUGACGUGUCGAAGAGUUUGACCGGGAACACGUGGUGCGUGGCGAAUGGUGAGGCGGGGAAGGAGAAACUGCAGGCGGCUCUAGACUACGCUUGCGGUGAGGGCGGGGCAGACUGCCAUCAGAUCCAGCCAGGCUCCGCGUGCUACGAUCCUAACACACUGGAGGCCCACGCAUCGUACGCUUUCAACAGUUACUACCAAAAGAAGGCACGUGGGGUCGGCACGUGUUAUUUUGGCGGGGCGGCCUACGUGGUCUCUCAACCACCCAAGUAUGGGAAAUGUGAGCUGCCCACUGGAUACUGAAGCAGGCAGGCAGACCGGAGGAGGGUUUUAUUUAGUAAUUUUGGGGGCAAUGGGGUUUUAGCCUAAUUUUGCUGAAGUAGGGUUAAAAUGAAAUUCUUUGUGGUAGUUUCGUUUUGUAUGUAUUGUUGGGUAGUUUAGUAUGCUACUUUGUAUUUCAGACUAUUUAACUUUGACUAUUAUUAUGUUAAUAACUUUAUACUUAAUCUCUGUUAUUUUUAUGAGUUGUAUUUAGAUAAUUUGAUGAGUUUGAGUUG